AUGCUGACAUUCAUUGUUCUGUUUACAAUUCAAUUACAAUCAAUGAAAAUUAAUGCCGAAAGUCCUGAUGAUUUAAAUUUUGAAAAGAGAGCUUAUCAUUUCUUUCGACUGAAAAAAUCAGAACGAUGUCUACGUAUUCCAGAUAGUGUUAAACAAAUGAUACUUAGAGAACCUUAUAUUGUAUGCCCAGAAGAUCGUGAAUUUCUUGGAUUAUAG